AUGGCAAGAGCUGUUGAAUUCAUGUUCUCUGCUGUUCAGCAAGUCUAUCAACUGAAGCAUUUCGAUUUCGAUUUCGAUUUCAAUUUCAAUUUCAACUUCAUACCACCCAAGCUCUUGCUUAGUCAUGGCUUCAAUGACCCUGAAAUCGACGUCGAUGCGCCUUCGGCGACAGAUGCUGGCCAGAUGACUCCACGUGGCAAGCAUUCAAUGACUCGGUAUCAGGCCACCUCAUUCGCUCAGCCCCCUCUGCUGCAGUAUGCCACCAUGAACGCUACGAUGCAGGGCUAUGCGAUACCGCCCAAAGAGAAUGGAGGAACAGUCUUUGGAGAACGAAUCAGACAGGAGCCUAUUCUGCUAUCUUUGCCUCACUACUCGGUUGCCGUGCAGGGUGUGGAAGAUGUCCAAAAGGCUGUCAAUUUUGCCCACGACAGAGACCUGUACCUCGUUGUCAAGAACACAGGUCACAGUCACCUCGGCCGCUCCAGUGGCAGAGGAUCCUUCUCCAUUUGGACUCAUAAUCUCAAAGGAAAAGAAUGGCAUGAGUCAUUCGUUCCAGAGGGAGCGCCUGGAGGAACACCAGGGGUGCAUGCCGUGACAUUGCAGGCAGGUGAACAGUGGCUAGAUGUCUACAGAGCAGCCGCCGAACGAAACGUCAUCGUCGUGGGAGGUCACGCAAGAACAGUAGGAUCAGCUGGUGGUUAUCUGACGGGUGGAGGGCAUUCCCCUUUUGCCCACUUCUACGGACUGGCUGUGGACAAUUUGCUCGAGGUUGACCUGGUCACUGCCGAUGGUAGCUACCAAACUAUCAACGCUUACACAGAUCCUGACUAUUUCUAUGCUCUGAGAGGCGGUGGUGGCAGUGCUUGGGGGGUCAUCACAUCGGUCACAUACAAAACGCAUCCCAACCCGGCCCACAUCCAGGUCGGUUUGAUGCAAUUCAAUACCACAGACGAGUCCACACUCCGUACCGUAUUCCACCAAGCUCUACAAGCCUUGCCUGCAGUCACCGACGCUGGUUUUACCGGAUACGGGAUAAUGGGUAAUGGUAGCUUUGCGGCGCUGUUCCUCCAGCCAAACGCUACUGAAGAAAUCUUCAAUACCACCUUCGCUCCUUUCUAUGAACUCACUAGUCAUGCGAACGUAAGUGCUCAGGUGGUAAGCAUUCCAUUUCCAACAUGGAUUGACUAUUGCAACGCCUUCCUGAUGGACCUGAACAUCGCCACUAAUGUCAUCGACAUUUCGAGGCUACUUACAUCAGACGACCUUUUGGAACGCACCAACAAGCUCGUUGAUGUAAUCUUCGAGUUUGACGAAUUCUCUGCUGGGUUCAAUUUCAUUGGCAAAGUGAACUCAGCUGAACGCGACAACACGGCUGUGCAUCCCACGUGGAAGGAUAGUCGUGCACUUUUCAGUCUGGGCACUGACUGGGCUGACGACGCAUCCGCAGAAGAGAAACUGAGAAAGAAACUACAGGCCGUCGAGAUUAGCAAACGGCUGGGAGAUAUUGUUGGGCCUGAUGGAGGGACUUAUGUCAACGAAGCAAAUCCGUAUGAGCCUGACUGGCAGAACGUCUUCUGGGGUCCGAAAUACGACCGCCUCUUGUCCAUCAAAAAGCGCAUCGAUCCCACGAAUCUUUUUGUUUGCAACAGAUGUGUGGGUACGGAUGUUUUGUUCAAGCCGUGA